GGUUUCCAAAGCUGGCUUAAAUAAAAAAGUGUUGAGAUGAAUGAUGAAGGGGACCUUCUGCAGGAGGACCCAACAAAGGAUGAAAGUAAUGAGACUGAAGCCAGCAGGAUGAGUAAAUUGAGAAGAACAAGGAAGAAAGCCACCAAAUCACAUCUCUGUUCAAUGGAAGUGGGAGAAACGAAUGCAGCCAGUUCCAAUGAGAGGAUCAGAAACCAAAUGACAUGCCACAAAAUGGGGGUUUCGAACAAACCAGUUGUGAGACUUGGCUAUGCUGAGUCUCAUCUGUCCCACAAUGACAAGGACUCUCAGGAUCAAACAACAAUGAUAAAACAGUCACCCUUCAAGAUGUCUUCCAGUGCUCCUGGUGGUGAAUCUAACUCAAACUCUGAUCGCAACAGGGACAACACUCAAAUUUUGACUACACCUCAGCUUUCUUCUAGAAUCAAACACAUUAAACAAGAGAUGGCCAAAAAUCACCUCCAGUUUGUGAGAUUUGAAGCAACAGAUCUGCAUGGUGUGUCCAGAUCUAAGAGUAUCCCUGCACACUUUUUCCAAGAAAAAGUGACCCAUGGUGUUUUCAUGCCCCGAGGUUAUCUUGAAUUGAUGCCGAAUCUGAAGGACAAUGAAGUGAAUCACAUAAGAGCCACCUGUUUUAAUAGUGACAUAGUCCUGAUGCCGGAGUUAUCAACCUUUCGAGUUUUGCCAUGGGCAGAAAGAACUGCGCGAGUGAUAUGUGACACCUUCACUGUGACUGGGGAACCUUUGCUGACCUCUCCAAGGUAUAUCGCAAAGAGGCAGCUGCAGCAGCUGCAGGACUCUGGUUUUUCCCUGCUCUCUGCCUUCAUCUAUGAUUUUUGCAUUUUUGGUGUGCCCGAAGUUAUCAAUUCAAAGACCAUAUCUUUCCCUGCUUCAACAUUUCUAAAUAAUCAUGACCAGCCCUUCAUGCAGGAACUCGUGGAUGGCUUAUACCAUACUGGGGCCAAUGUUGAGAGCUUUUCCUCUUCUACUAGACCUGGUCACAUGGAAAUCUGUUUUCUGCCAGAAUUUGGCAUUAGUUCAGCUGAUAAUGCAUUUACCCUCAGAACAGGUGUCAAAGAAGUGGCAAGGAAGUAUAAUUACAUCGCCAGCUUUUUCAUUGAGACUGGAUUCUGCAAUUCGGGAAUCUUGUCUCAUAGUGUCUGGGACAUGGAUGGGAAGAAAAACAUGUUCUGCAACAAUUCUGGAACUGAACAGCUCACGGUCACUGGGAAAAAAUGGUUGGCAGGUCUUCUGAAGCAUUCUGCUGCUCUCAGCUGCCUGAUGGCGCCUGCUGUUAGCUGCCGAAAGCGUUAUUCCAAGGAGAGUAAAGACCUGAAGGAGAGUGUGCCUGUGACAUGGGGCUACAACGAUAACAGCUGUGCCUUUAAUAUCAAGUGCCAUGGUGAGAAAGGCACCCGGAUAGAAAAUAAACUAGGCUCAGCAACAGCAAACCCUUACCUGGUGCUGGCUGCGACGAUAGCUGCAGGCUUGGAUGGACUGCAGAACAGUGAUGGCGCUUUGGUUGGUCCAGAUGAGGGCACAGACCUUUCUCAGUUAAAACCUUCAGAGAUCCCUUUGAAACUGGAAGAUGCCCUUGUGGCACUGGAGGAAGAUCAAUGUCUGAGAGAAGCUCUAGGGGAAACUUUUAUUCGCUAUUUUGUUGCCAUGAAGAAAUAUGAGUUGGAAAAUGAAGAAACAGAUGCUGAGAGAAAUAAAUUCUUAGAGUAUUUUAUUUAGAAUAGAACUAUUGAGCUUUAGAGAUGAUAUCAUGACUUAAGUAGUUGAUCUAUCUAGAAGAAAAGAUUGAGCUUUUGUAAUUAACAAGACUACAAAUGCAUUCACUCUUUUUUGUCCCCAUGGAAUAUUUGAUAGAUGAUACUGCUGAGAGGAUUCUGAUAACAGAAGCAAUAAAGUUGCAGUGAAACUCCAAGAUGCAAAUUGAACCAGCUCUUGUCAGUUAGUCAUCAUUUCCUCUGUGUUAUGCUGACCUAAAAAGGCAUAUUCAGUUUGGGGACAAUAAAUACAUUUACACGUUGAAAAAAAAAAGACGUAAACAAUAGGAAACAAUUUAAAUGACAAAAAAAAUAAGGGAAUAAUUUCAAUCCUACACUUGGGUUGUGCCUGCCAGGGAGAAAAAUAUGUUAAUAUAAUCUUACUAAUCAAGACAUAUUAAGGAUAUAGUUGCAAGCAUGAUUAUGUUUUCUAAAUACAUUAAAUAAAUAUGGCAAAAUAUGUCAUGAUGACAAGUC